GCAGCACUAUAAAUUAAUAGUUUACAAGAUGAAAAAUGACACCAGCUCUAUUGUGUUUUUAUAAAAUUGCAUUUUAUUAGUUUAUUGCAUAACUGUCUUCAGUGCAUUUUGCAGCAGCAUGUCAGCAACUAUACUAUUGUUCUACUAUUGUUUUCAUAAAGCAGCUCUCCACGUGCUGUUUUUCUACAUUUCUUACAUUUAUAGAUGAAUACACUUUUAACACAAAUGGGUUAUAAUUAUAUUCAUAUAUAUCAAAUCAGAGGGCCUUUAAGUCUUAAAAAGUCAUAAAAAUCUUUUUUUUUUUUUAAUUGAAACAAACAUUUCUGGAAAGAUCAAACUAACCUCCUGUCUUGUUAUUUCAGGAAAAUAUGGAUCCGAAACCUCUGUUAUUAAAGCUGGGCUCAAUAAUCCGUGCCAUCCUCACUUUCCUCUUUGCUUUGCUGGUUCUGGGUGUCAUGGUGUGGGCCUAUGUUGCUGGUUUCCAGUUAGUAACAUCCAGCUACGACAUCAUCUCCUUUGGUUUUUAUGGACUCCUCCUCUCCCUCCAUGUGCUUGUUCAGAGCCUCUUCGCCUUCAUUGAGCACAGGCGAAUGAGAGCCCGCACAAAGCCCUGCACGUUCACCAAAACCAUCGGUUUCACCAUAUCUGCUUACCAGGAAGACCCCGUCUAUCUCAGGGAGUGCCUCAACUCUGUCAAGGCCCUCAAGUAUCCGCCGGAGCUGCUGCGUAUCGUCAUGGUGAUCGACGGGAACUCUGAGGAUGACCACUACAUGAUGGAUAUGUUUAAAGAGGUGUUUGCUGAAUAUGAUCCUGGACUCUAUGUGUGGAGAAACAAUUAUCAUUCGUGGGAUCCCACCCAGGUUGAGCAGGAUGUAGAAAUGGCUACAGUGACAGGAGGGGAUGCUGAUCAUACAAUGACAGAUGAUUUACAACGAUAUGAAGUUGAGCGGCUGAUCCAGACCAAGAGGUGUGUGUGCAUCAUGCAGAAAUGGGGAGGAAAGCGUGAAGUGAUGUACACAGCCUUUAAAGCUCUCGGCUCUUCAGUCGACUAUGUGCAGGUGUGUGACUCUGACACAAAGCUGGACUCGUUGGCCACUGUAGAGCUGUGCAAGGUGCUAGAGAGUAACUCCAGGUACGGUGCAGUGGGAGGAGAUGUGAUGAUCCUCAACAUGAAAGACUCUUACAUCAGCUUCAUGAGCAGUCUCAGGUACUGGAUGGCUUUCAACAUUGAAAGAGCCUGCCAGUCUUUCUUCAACUGCGUGUCUUGCAUCAGUGGUCCUCUGGGUCUGUAUAGGAAUGAUGUUCUGCAGCAGUUUCUGGAGUCAUGGUACAAUCAGAAGUUUCUGGGAACUCACUGCACGUUUGGGGAUGACAGACAUCUCACGAAUCGAAUGCUGAGCAUGGGCUAUGCAACAAAAUACACAGCACAGUCAAAGUGCUACACAGAAACCCCUGCUCAGUUUCUGCGGUGGCUCAGCCAACAGACUCGCUGGACUAAGUCCUACUUCCGUGAGUGGCUCUACAACGCCAUGUGGUGGCACAAGCACCACCUAUGGAUGACCUACGAGUCCAUCGUUUCAGGUAUCUUCCCGUUCUUUGUCACGGCGACCAUCAUCCAGCUGUUCUGGUCAGGCACGCUGUGGGACAUCCUGUGGAUCCUGUGCUGCAUUCAGCUCAUUGGGCUGGUGAAAGCCACCUAUGCCUGCAUCCUGCGGCAAGACCCGGUGAUGGUGUUUAUGUCGCUGUACUCAGCCCUGUACAUGACCAGUUUGCUGCCUGCAAAGUACUUUGCCAUUCUCACGAUGACUAAAAGCAGCUGGGGAACCUCAGGCAGGCGUAAAAUAGUGGGAAACUACAUGCCCCUCCUGCCCCUGUCUGUGUGGGCUGCUAUUUUAUUGAGCGGAUUUGGGAACACUAUCUAUAAAGAGAGUCAGAUGGACUGGCAAACUCUAGCAAAGUUACUAGAGACAAAGUUUCUUAUCUAUGGGUGUGUGGCAUAUAUAUGCUACUGGAUCAUUAUGAUGUUUUUGUACUGGGUGUUGUUCCGUAAAGUCUGCAAAAGACGCUCUCAAGAUUACACAUUAAAUGUGUAGCUAUAAUGAGGAAAGAUAACUUAUUCAGAUGUCCUUAAUUCAUUAUUUUUUGUGUGUUUGUGUGUAUGUUUGCAACCUUUUAUACCCUUGGUGGCUUUUUUUGGAAAGCUACUAAACAGGGGAAUGUGGAUGUUUGCACUUGUUUUUAAACUGUACCGAGGCUUUCAGCUCUGUUGCACUUUUCAGGUUUCUCUUUCAUCAAUAGAUGACAGAGAUUUAUACAGAAUUUAUUUAUGAUAUCUAAAUAUGUAAAAUCAUGUGAUGUUAAAUAUGUUUUUGUAUUUUUUAGAACACAAACAGAAUUGUUUUGUGUCUGUGUGCGAUAAUGAGGAUUAUUUUGACAGAACAAUAGAGCCUCGUUUCUACGGAGCGGACCGGUACGGUCCGGUAUACAGUUUCGACCCGUACCUCUCAAGGGCCUCCAUCCGUUGAAGGUCCAACGAAAGAAAAAUGGUGCAGGGCAGUUGGGGUGUUGCCACCCACUGAUUGUCAGAAAGUGAUGACGACAUAAGAAAGCGCUAAUUUAGCGCUAAGCUAGCAUUUCCGUUUUCCUCUUCGUAUCAAUCUUCUUUCAAACAGAACUAAAUUCCUGUUAUACACGAUGUACAAAAAGUAAACUAAGAAAAAAACGAGCUGCUGGAUGACCUCUGUUGUUGUUGCUUUUCUACUCGUCGCACUACAACGACGUGCUAGCGGUCAACACCACGUGUCCGCCAUGAAAACAAGCAGCUCAGUGGAAGUGAGGCUUAACUGAGUGGAAAAACUCACCAGAAUUAACUGGUCUGUACCAUACUGCUCCUUAAAGUACCGGACCGCUCAGUGGAAACGAGGCUUUAGACAAGCGUCUGUAUUAGUUAAGUGAACCUACCUUUGCCACUUUAGCUGCACUGGAUUCUGGGCUGCUCUUCUGCUGCAGACUUACUUGAAAAUGUAGAAAACUGAACCAAGAGUGCGACAGUGUUAAACACCAAUGAGAACAUUGGGAUACUGCACAUAUCUAAUUGAAACCCGGAGUUACAUGGCGAAACAUGGAACAACGGGUUAAACCUAUUUUUUCUUAAAUUAUUUUUUACAACAGAUGCUGCAUGAUUUGUUUAACUAGACCUUGUGAAUGCACUUUUGUGAAUAUGUGGAAUGUGUCUUGAUGUGUGCAAUGAUGGCUGAACGUUUCCUGCAAAUGUGAAAACAUUUUGAAGAUUUUUUUGUGAAAUAAAAUAUUUUUGUAUCACAUAUUAUGCUGUCAUUUUUUUCCAAAAAUAUUUAUUGUUAUAAAAUAGGUGAAAUACUUGGCUGUGGUGCUAUCAGUAGGGGAGGUGCUGUGUCACGAUAGACAGAUUUGGAAGGAAGUAGACCCACAUGCUCAAACACAUGAAUAAAUAAACACUUAUCGUAACUGUGUCUAUGUAAAGCAGACCACCAAGUAAAGAGCCUGCUACAAAACAUAAAGGUAAUUAGGUACAAGAACUAUACUGAAAAAAAAAUAAAGGUUAAAGAGCAAUUUUUAAAGUUUGGUUCAUGGGAAAUAAAGACAAGAAACUAGAUUGUUCAUACUAUCUGGAAUCGUCCAUUCAGAUAUGACAUAAUAGUUAUUUUUUUUAAAUUAUGAAACAUACUUCUUUGUUUUACUGUCUGAGGUUUUGAAAGAAACAAAAUAGUUAAAGUCUGGGUGGGAUAUAAAAAAGAGAAAUAAAAAAUCAAAGAAGUUAUGUCCUGAUUCAAUGCAGUUUUUGCAAAAAUAAGAAUAAAAGCAUAAUGACAUACAUUAUU